AUUUGGUCUAACGUGUCUCUCAUUAACAUGUUGCUACCUGUAACGAUAGACGCUGAUGUUGUUACCAAGUAAGUUUAAUUUCGUGAUAGACAUUUCCGAGUGCAUAAAACAAAAAGUAUGACGUCGAUAGGAUCUACAGGAGAUCCGUCUGAUAGGUUACAUGGUGAUCAGAUUGAACCUUCUAACAAAGAAGAAGAACCUUGCGAGUCCACCGCUAGUGAUUUGGAACAACAACAACCGGAGGCACCGCCAGUCAUGGACGAAGCUGGCCUACUAUCAGAAGAGGGUCAAAAUGUGUUGGAGAAGUUAGGUGAAAUUGAUUUGGAAGACGAGGACACAGAAAUGCUUUUAGAACAAGCUUAUGCCAUGAAUCGCCAGCUGAAAGAAAUCUUACGACAGCAGGAAAGGGGGGAGUCAGAUGAGAGCGGUACAGACUCAAUACGCCGUGUUCCCCGAUCCGACAAGCACAGAGGAAUGAAUACAAGGCACAGCGUUCUACCGCCGAUAAAGAAGUCUGAUGCGUCAAAACAGCAUGACAUUUACAGUGCCAGGAUGUCCCGACCACACCAGUCUACCAGCAGUAUCAAUAGCGGCAAAUCUAAGAGUGCCACAAGUCGCAAAACACCAUCUUCAUCAGCUCAUUCGGGCCAUACAGACAGUUCCAGAAGAUCCAGAAGCCAGAAAAGUGCUUCAAGUUCGGUUGGUGGUGACAGACCUGCAUGGAAUGACAGAUUUUCCUAUACUUGAUCAUUAUUAUUGUAAUUGAGAAUAUUGUCACUUGAUCUUAAUUUAUUAUAUAUUUUAACCUUGAAAUUGCUCACAAAUGUAUAUGGAUUUGUAUGUCCAUUUUAUAAGUAUCAGUGAUGAACAACAGUAUUAACUCAUUUACAUAUUAAUAUUAACAUAAAUUGUUUUCAUGUACAUAUUAAGAAUAUACAGAAUAAUAAGGGAAUUAAUCUGUUCACUUCAUCAUCAUCAUUUUAUAAUAUAUUUGAUACAUCAAUCACCAUGACAUGUAAUGUACUUAUCCUGUAAUGUUAUAGCAUUCACAAAAAGGACAGAGAAUUUAUAUGUGCUAAAUUUUGGUUAAAAUCCAGUACAUCUGUUGUUUUAGUUGGUUGAUUUCUAUUUUGUUUUUUUAUUUUUUUCAAUAGCCAUAUAAAUUAUUAGAAUAAAUCUGGUCACCUGUGUUGAUAUUGGAGAACUUUCCAUGAAGUUUUACUAUAAGGGAGUGAAUUUCACCAUUUCUUCUUGUACAGUACAUUUGUAAUUGGCUAUGUGUGAAACCACUAAUUUUCUGAUGGUCAACAUAUAUUUUGUUGUCUUCAAAUAUAAGUACAUUGUAAACUGGGGGAAGUGACAUAAAAUUUUGCAGAAGAAAGUGUAUUUUAUAGGCAAAUAAAUGUCACAAAAUAUUGCUUUUAGUGCUGAAACUUACAUUUUUUCUCGUAGAAUAUAAUUUUACCUUGCAAACAAACCACAAACCCCCCGUCUAAGGUAAGUCAAAGUGUGAAACUUAGUCAUCUGUGAAAUUUUAGUUCAUGUACUCACAGAAUGGUUUUGCCGUUGAAUGAAAUCAGGGGUUUAUGUAUGUAGUGGACCCUGAAUUAACAGUUUUAACCACCUUUUCAGCAUGUGUAAUUAAUUCAGCGAGCUAAAUGAUCUCUGUCUUUAAUUAACAUUCUGAUAUUACCCUGAUGGGCCAAAUAGAUGUCAGAAACAUAAAAACAUGGAGUACGUUGUUGAAUUAUGUUAUAAUAUGGUUACUACAUAUACUUGUUGAACCUAUAUUAACCAUUGCCUGGUGUUGGACUUAUUUAACUGGGGUGUACAGGCCAAGAUGUGUAUGAAAAAUGCUCUGUAAAUUGUUAGACUGCCAGCUGUCUGGUGAGGUGUGAGCGAGUGAGGUGUCAUGUCUGGUGUCUGUGGUGCUGUGAUUCAGCAAGGAAGCAGUUUAACAGUGACAGCAUUACUGAUGUUGUCACAAGAAGACACCUUCAUGAUAUCAUGAAUGUGGAUAGACUGUAACCGAAUG